AAAUAAAGUGAUUCUCCAGAUGAAAUCUAAUAUGUGAGACGAUACAUCCUAAAGAGACGUUUCCUCAUAGCCCUGCCCGAUGAAUACCAAUUCGGUGGCCGCCGCUGGAAGGACGAUUGCACCUUGCUUGAAUAACGCAGUGGAGAAUUACAAUGUGCCUUCUUUUUUUCUUUUUUGGCUCGUUCCAUCCAAUCACAUCCCCCAAAUUGUAGUGACUUUAUCCUCCCCUAUGAGUCAUCCAUUCAUGCCUUGGUCUGGUAAGAGAAUAUGUUUGGUCUUAUUCAGUAACAUAGUCAUGAAUUGAUAAUGGAGAUUGUAAUGUCUGUGAACAUGUUAGCUUAUAAUGAAAAUGGUGUCAAUGAAAAUCAGUGGGUGAGUUUGUGAAAGUAAUAAUGGAAAAUAAAACAAUUAGCCAGUCCACUCUGAUCUUAUCUCUAACUGUGUGUGUGUGUGUGUGUGUGUGAUAGUAGUGGGGGUGGUCUGACUUGGUGACAUCACGAUCAGGGAGGAUCCAAAUGACCAGGAAAGUCAAUUAGAGUUAAACUGAGUUUACCAGCUGGACUCUCGGUAUAGCAUAAGAGAGAGGGAGAGGGAGAGGGAGGAAAAAGGGGAGGAGAGACAAAGAGAAUGAGAGACAGAGGAAGGGAGACACAUUUAGGAAGCUGAGGACAAGAGGGCAUUUUUGUUGUUGUUCGCAGGUUACAGAACUCUCCAGACAUAUUUUUCUUGUGCAGGUCCAUACAGUAGCUAUAUUGCACGUCUAUCUAUCUCUCCGUGUCUGAGCAGAGGUGGAAGUGUCGGCGACAGAGAGAGGGAGUUGCCUGUUUGAAGAGGUCAGGCAGACAGGGGAAAGCCGGUGGAUAUGUUUUAAGAGGCCGCUUAUCUGAAACUGACAACAGGAUGAGAGGGUGAGUGAGAGGGGAGAGCCCAGCAGUACAGGGGGAGAACCAUGGAGAGUACAGCAUCCUCAUCCACAGCCCACUCACAGAGGAGACACAGACACAGGCUAACCUAAGAGAGACAAACAGAGAGAGAAAGCGGGGGAAGGAAAGAGAGAGGAAGAGAGGUAAAAGAGUUUACUUUGUCCACUCUGUCCAACGGAGAGGGAGCGAGAGACGAUGGUUCGUAACACUGGAGCUCUAGGAUAAACCAUGGACUCUGCACACCUCCUACCACGCCUGGACCCUGAUACAUUAAAUCAUAAAGCAGUGAACGCGGUCGUCAUUCAAGAUCGGUCGCGUGUUAGCGGUGGAGAGAGAAGUGUGAGGAUCAUUCCGGAUGCAUUAGAGGUGUCCGUUUCAGAUCCACCAUGUUCACUGCUAAACUAUUGGUCCUGAUGGUCCUGCUGCUACCUCAAGCCUCGCCUGGGCGCCAGGGCUUUGCCACCGAGCCCGAUGGCAGUGAGCCGUCGUUGCCACCGUCAUCACCCACCCCCCUGGAGCCCAGCCUGGCCCAGACAAUCCAGAACCUAUUACUGAGCCGCCUGGGCCUGCAGUCCCACCCCAACCCCCGGCCAGGUGCGCCCAUCCCCCAGUACAUACUGGACCUCUAUCGCUUCCACGCCCAGCAGUACCACCUAGUCCAGGAUCCACACUUCAGCUACCCCAGCCAGCAUGUCCAGGAGGCCAACACCGUACGCAGCUUCCACCACACAGCGUCUACCAGCCCCUCACUCCCCCUUGAAAAGAGGCUGACCACCGCGAGUAACAACAAGGUCCCCAUCUCCUUCAACGUGUCCUCCAUCCCCCAGGAUGAGCGUGUGGUUUCUGCCGAGCUGCGUUUCUUCCGGGGUGGUGGGGCUAGCCUAGGCCCCGGGGCCCACAAGGUCAGCCUGUUCCUCGAUGGAGGCACUGGGGACUCUGAGCCCACUCUGCUGGAGUCACGGCUCCUCACAGGGGCCCCCAGAACCAGGCCAGCUGACUCCUGGGAGGCCUUCAGCCUCAGCACUGAACUCUUCGUAGGGGCCCACGCUUGGACCGGCAGCCUGGCCUUCCUCCUGGAGGUGACCCCUCUCGGUAACACCACCCUCCUCACCCCCCCUGACCAUGAUGCUCUACCACUCUCCACUGGGGAGGAAGGUCGCAGAGAGGGACACUUGAGGGUGCGCAGGUCUCUGGGACAGGAUGAGCACAGCUGGGCACGGGAGAGACCCCUGCUGGUUACUUACAGCCAUGACGGGCACGGGGAGCCACUAGCCGCCCAUGGCCGGAGAACCUCUGACACUGCCCAGAGGAUGAGGGGGAGGAAGCGGACCAGAGAAAGGGGCAGGAGCAACAGCAGGGACCGGGACCGGGAAAGGGACAGAGACAGAGACUGGAGCGCCAGCCCUGGCUGGGGCGGUAGCUGGGACGAGGGUGGAAGGGUGAAGCGCAAUGGUGGCCGCGCGGCGAAACUGAAGCGCCUGUCCCGCGCCCGCUGCCGCCGCCACCCGCUCUACGUGGACUUCAAAGACGUGGGCUGGAACAAGUGGAUCGUGGCGCCUAGCGGCUACGACGCCUUCUUCUGCCUGGGGGAGUGCCGCUUCCCGCUCACCCACCACAUGAACUCAUCCAGCCACGCCAUGGUGCAGACGCUGGUGAACUCGGUGAACGGAGCCGUGCCGCGGGCCUGCUGCGUGCCCACCGCCCUCAGCCCCAUCGCCAUGCUCUACCUGGACCCGCAGGACCGCGUGGUGCUCAAAAACUACCAGGACAUGGUGGUGGAGGGCUGUGGAUGCCGGUAACGGGAAACAAAAGAGAGGGAGGGAGGAGAGCGAGGGAAGGAGAGACUGAUGAGGUAGGGAAAGAGAGCAAGGACAGAACCCAGCCCAGCAGGACCAUGUGAGACAAGCGUACCUGGACCUUCUGGUGGUGGGAUGAAAAUUCUAGUAGCGGGGGGGGGGCAGGAGAGAUGGAUGAGGGAGGAAGGGAAGAGACAGGAAUGUAGAACCCAAUCCAGCAGGACCAAGUGGUUUCUAAGAAGUAUAGGUGUUGGAGGGCCACAGCUGUCAGUAGUGGAAAUAAAGAGAGGAUAGGGAGGGAGAGAGAGAGAGAGAGAGAGAGGAAAAACCAGAGACAGAAGAGCCCCCUCAGAACACAGUGCAGUGCUUCAGAACUACUGCAUAGCGAGAGAGAGAAAAGAGAAGGAGAGAAACACGAAGCAGUCUCCCACAUCCCAGUAGGGGUAGAGGAUGCUGCUGACAGAAGAAGAGAGGAACGACAGCCAGGAGUAAAGGAGAGAAUCCUCCCAUUAGCCCCACCUCUUCUCCGUCUAUAGAACUCCUGAGCUUGUUCAAUGCUCACUCGCCAGCCCUAUACGUGUCUGUAAUGUGUCUGUAUCUGUGUCUUUCCGUGCUCAGUGUGUCGCUCACAUCCUCAUUGCAACAUCAAUCUGUGAAGGAGAUGCACUCGACCAGUGGAGUCGAAGACCAAGGGGACUGGCAAGAGAUGAAGAUAUCAGUGCCAUAUUAUACUAUCUAAUACGGUGGACAUAUUAUCAAGAGUGACGUUAUAGUGCAGAGAAAGCUGUCACGUGACCCAUAUGAGGAGGAUGGAAACGUAUAACCUUUGCAUCUGUGACACCAUCCUUAAACUAACUCAUCUAAUGUAUCUGGGCCAAUGGACAGCUACCGAUCUCUCAUCAAGAGAGACAUUGACGGACACUCCUCAUAGACUAAAUAGAUGUGGACUUCUCAGACAGACACACAGACAGGCAAAUUGUCCGCGCCAAGCAUCCCGUCAUGAGAUAUUUAAAACCGCAACAAUAAUACGGAGGAAUUAUUAUGCUAUUGUUUGAAUGUACUACCAUCAUUUAUUAUUUAAAAGCUACAAUGUUUUUUGUACAUUUCCUUUGCAGAGAUUAAGAAAAAAUCUGAAAACUGUUGUCGUCAAAGUAAUUCCAUUACAUCUAACUUAAAAGUCACAUUUAGGUAUUUAAAUAGCAACCACAUAUUGUGUAUUUAACCUUGAAAAUAUUUCAGAUAUCUGCUCUCUACAAAGCCACAUUCACAGUACCGUAAUACAUGUAAAGCUGGAGCCUGCAGUCCUUAUAGUAGCUUUGGUACAGCAAGUUAUGGUGGCUUUUGGUGUCCUACACAUAAUGGAGCAGUCAAAAGCUCGAGAAAUUCCACAUAUCAAGGCUCUGUGUAUUGCAAUCCACUGAAUCGCGUAACAACAACACAAUGUCAUCCUCACCACAGGUGUCUUUUCUAGUAGAGUGCAUGUUUAAUUUUUUUUUUUAAAGAACGGCUAAUGUUAAAGCAGUUGAUUUCCAGUGCCUUUCGGGGGUUUUGCAGGUGUUUUAGAGUAUUUUGAGUAUCUUUCCAGUCAUUUGCUUUUCCCUCUAUUUAAAUGGAAGCAUUUAAACAACAGUCUGUAAAAUGUUUGACAUUGUCUGAAGACGUGGUGAUACCUGUAAUAAAACAGAGACAAAGCAACA